AUGGGAAAUGAAGGAGUCAGUCAUUUGAAACAUUCUAAAUUUGAAAGGUUUCGGCACAAGUUGGCUCACAUUCUGCACAGCCAUCCUGCUCUGAUCAUUGUUUGCUUCUUGGCUAUAUCUGACAUGUGCUUCGUGGUUGGACAGCUCAUAUGUGAUUUGCUUAUUAUUAGAAAUCGACUGGACAGAACCGUGCGGGACACGAACGGGCUGACCCAAGCAUUGAAUCGCACGUACCCUGGCGACUACUAUUGCUACGACGGGAGAAACCUGCAAGAUCUUUUGCGUUUUGUUCGCAGCAACGGAACUGAUGUUCGGCCAAGAAGAAGCAGACGAUCUUUAGAUGAAGCUGAAGAACGAAACCCAAUUUAUCUGUCUCAAGUACUAAUCGCAGCUCUUGACAAUUUAGAAAAUGUUGAGUCAUAUGGAGCACUUUUUGAUUUUUGUAAACGACAUUAUUUAGAAGCAUUUAACCCAGAACAAAUGUCCAAACAACAUAACCAUGAACACAAAACCAGUGAUAGGCUGAUUCUAACUAAACGAAAUGCUGCCAAAUAUCUCGAUCCAGACAGUUCUAAACAAGACUUAUUCACUGAGGAUUUUGGACAAAAUGAUCCAACAGACUUCAAUUCCAACAUGGCCGACUGUAAUAAGAAUGUUACACAUCGCCACCCAGUGCCACAUGGGUUCCUAUAUAGGCUUACCCAUUACCUUCACUACGGAAGUCUGGCUGCCCUUUCUGCUAUGGUGUUAGAGAAAAUAUUACGAUUGUUUUCUUUCGGAAAGCAUUUCUUCCACAGUAAAUUAGAGGUUUUUGAUGCAUUUGUUGUAUUUGUUUCCUGGAUACUAGACAUUAUUUUGAUUCGUGGUAUCUGGCACUACAGUAUGGCACAUUCGGCAUUAUUGCUUGUCAUUCUGCUUCCCUGGAGAGUCAUCAGGAUUGUUAAUUGUUUUAUUAUUGUGUUUAAAGAAAAGUAUAAAAUAGAGAUCAGAAUUUUGACCACAGCGAGAAAGUCCGCAGAGAAAAACACUGCAUCCAUGGCUCGACAGACUAUACGAUAUAAGACGGAGAUCAACGCGCUCAGGGGAGUCUGCAGGAAGAAUGGCGUGGAUGAAACGACAAUUGGGAACUGCCACGUUAACGCCACAGAGCAUGUGAGACGUCGGAGGAGUCUUACCACUGGUACUCUACUUGCAUCAACGCAGAUGCUACUCGGGACGGCAAUUGCUCAGGAUCCAAUGACCGUACAAGACGUGUUGGAGCAAAAUUAUCAUUCUGACGAAGAGAAAAACGGACCUACCGGGAUUCAAAAUGGUAAUGCGAGGCAACGUUCCGCCAGUAUCGACAGCUGGACAUUAGGGCAAUAUGCCAACCUGGACAGGACUGUUAGCUUUAGCCAGGCACCUGAUGCGGAGUUGAAUGCAGACUACAAAAGAGGUAGAAGAGACUCAUUUGAUGGUAUUGUCUUCUGGGUUGAUCCUGAGAAGGUACCACCUAUUGGGCAAUCUGGGGGACGUGUGAACCGUGGCUGCCCUGAUGAUGUAAAGGGACAUUCUGCAACCAUCACGCCCAAUACAAAACAGGAUCCAACACACUUUUAGCUGAAGGCGUUGCGUGCACGGCGUUAUGUGAGACAUUUGUUGAAUUUGUGUGUGCAUCUCGGGGUCAAUAUAGAGACGAUGUCUGCGCCACGACGAAAUACAUCUAGCCUCAUUCGAAUUUGGACAUUAUUGUCACCUUUGUGCUGUGAGGCGAUGGUUCAUGUUGAAAACUGAGGAAUAUUUUAGAAAAAUAAAUGCAUUUUUUCAAGAGGCGAUACAUAAUGGAAAUGAAUGUGUGUAAAAACGAUGAGUUAUCAUUUAUUUAUAGCAGUAAUCACCCAGCGUGGUAAUGCUAAUACUAAUAGAAAAUAAAAUAGAAACGGUAAAAACGUCAUUUGUCAGUUUACUAGGUCAAAAAUGUUAAAAUAUGUGUUGUAUUUUUCUGUAACCCCAUCCAUUGAUUUACAUGGGAUGACGAAUGUCGAUUUUUAUACAAGAAAUGGUCAUCCCGCCUUUUGUCAAUUUCGAACCAUUUGUACUAAUGUGGAAAAAUAGAUAAAUGAAAUCGAUUUAUAUUAUUGCAGGUUCAGAUGAAUAAAAUUAUAAAAAUAUAAGCAAGCUGUGUACAAACUGUCACGAACUUGUCAAAUUUUCGAAGGGG